AUUUGAGGUAAAAAUAUAUUUAGCAAAUUUUCACUCUCAAAAUCAAACCGUUUAGGAACUUUUCUUUGCUACCCCUUGAGUUCAGGGCCCGAGUGCUCAGGGUUCUGUUCGUUCUCUCGUCCUUCUGAAGACUAAUCCUCGGUUUUAAAGCCUAUUAUCUGGUUUCCACCGCAGCUCUGAUUGAUCGCCGCUCGCGUCUUCCGCUAAUUGCCUUCACGUGAAACAAUCACGGCUCUACGAUAUAAAUGCCCCGGCGCGGCGCUCGCCGCCUCUCUAAGUAAUGAGAAAGAGACGCGAAGAAAUGUCCGCCGCGCUCAACGCGUUCCUGCGCUGCGUCGCGUUCCUGCUGCCGCCCUCUUGGCUUCAGUUUUGCUGGUGGGUUGGGGAGGCGUCAUGGCCCAAUCCCAGAGCUCGAUUCAAACGCACAAAGCCUCUUACAUAUGAGGAAGUAGCUGCUCGGGGCGAGCCUUCCUGCUCUGAUCGCGCCGCGCCGUCGCCGUCUCCGUGGCGCAGAAUCCUGACGCUCGCGGAGCGCGUCCUCUCGGCUCUCUUUGAUCUUCACGCGCGUCUGGGGAGUUUGUGUUCGCCGCGCCGCGUCGCCGCCGGUUCUCCAUCGAGCGCAGCCGCGGAAGAGGAGGCGUUCACGGCGGAGAUCAUGAGCACCGAGGAGCCGCGGGAGAUCAGCGCUCCGGUGACCAUCACCGUGGCCAUCCAGGCGGCGGAGGACGAGGAGCCCUCCUCCAACACCGUCGAGCUCCAGACGGGCAGCGGCAGCGAAGACGAGCUCGCCAGACACGAUAAGUCCAGCGGCGCAGGGACCAGCGGCGGGGAGCUGGAGGAGGAGAGCUGGCAGCCUCCGGACACAGAGCUCAUUCAGAAGCUGGUGGCGCAGAUUGAAUAUUAUCUGUCGGACGAGAACCUGGAGCACGAUGCCUUCCUGCUCAAACACGUCCGCCGCAACAAGCUGGGCUUCGUCAGCGUCAAGCUGCUCACCUCCUUCAAGAAGGUCAAGCACUUGACGAGGGACUGGAGAACCACGGCCUACGCCCUGCGUCACUCCGAGCUGCUGGAGCUGAACGACGAGGGCCGCAAGGUCCGGCGCAGGACGACGGUGCCGGUGUUCGCCAGCGAGUCUCUGCCGAGUCGCAUGCUGCUGCUCAGCGAGCUCAAGCGCUGGCCGGAGCUGGGGGUCGCGCUCGGGGCCGACGGAGAGUCGGGGGCCACCCAGCAGGAGCGGCUGAUGGAGCUCCUGCUCAAGGCCUUCGGAAACUACGGGCCGAUCGCCUCCGUGCGGGUCCUCAAGCCCGGGAAGGACUUGCCCGGUGAUCUGAAGAAACUGAGCGGGCGUUACUCGCAGCUGGGGACCGAGGAGUGUGCCAUCGUGGAGUUUGAGGAGGUGGAGGCGGCCAUGAGAGCCCAUGAGGCGGUCGGCGGGGACUCGGGCGCUCGAGGGCCGCUGGGACUGAAGGUGGUUCUAAUCGGCACCAAGCCACCCAAGAAAAAGAUCCCAAAGGACCGAGACGAGGGAGUGGGAGGCGUCCGCAAGAGCCGCUCGCUCAACAGCCGCGUUCGAGAGCUCCAGUACCACGGCGGAGACGACUCGGCCGCGAGCUCCUCGGAAACGGAGAGCAAUCCCACCUCACCUCGUUUGGCCCGGAAGUCGCGCUCCUGCAACAAGCUCAGCCCCACGAGCGCCGGGCCCAAUCACCUGAGCCCAGCGGUGUCCCCUCGCUCCAGCCCCUGGAGCAGCCCUCGAGCGAGCCCCUGCACCCAGCGCAAGACGCCGCUCUCAGGGAAGUCUCCGCUGGCUAGCGAGGGCCGCCUGAGCCCCGAGCCAGGUCGCCGGUGGGCGGACUAUUCCUCGGACAGCAGCUUGACCCCUUCGGGAAGCCCCUGGGUUCAGCGGAGGAAGCAGGUGGCCAGUCAGGAGAGCAGCCCGGUGGGGAGCCCGAUGCUCGGGAGGAAGAUCCAGAACGCAGACGGUCUUCCUCCAGGCGUGGUUCGGCUCCCGAGGGGCCCGGACGGGACGAGAGGCUUCCACCCUGCUCCCUCCGGAGAGCGAGGCAAGGCCGUCUCCACGCAAACCUGUCUCUGAAGACCGUCCCUCUCCAGCCUCGCACUCUCAAAGCAGUCGUGACAUCUCCGUAAGGACUGACCUGUCUUUUUGUAAAACCUUUUUCUAUAUGCUAUUUUUGUUAACGUUUUAUACAUCUUAAUUUCUCACUGAACGAUGGCACCGCAACCAGGGAAGCUGUUCCGAAAGUGUUUGGGUUUUAAAUUGCCGCUGUGUUUUCCGUUGUGAGAAGAUUCUCCCGGUGUCUGACUCCCAUGUAAAUAUUGUAAAUGUGUUCCGUGUGGGUCUUGGUUUGCUUCUGAUCUCAGCCUUUGAUGAAGCCGUGGCCAUACUCUCGGGAGCCCGGGCACUGGGGAUAUAUUUUGUUUUAUUUGCUUUAACUUCUGUUUUGUUUCUGCCUUUAAACGUGCUUUUCAUUUUAGCGACUUGCGGAUCUGAUGGGAUGAGGUUUUUUUUUUUUUUUUUUUGUCUCCGUUCUUCGGUUGAGUCCUCUCUGUGAAAGAGUGUUUGAGGUUUGUGUCCUGAGCACAAACGCCUCGUAUCUGCCCUCAGUCUGGGUCGAGGCGAUGCACCGUCUGCUUCCUUACUGUACAAAUAAAUCACUACAAUCGCAGUUA